GCGAGCCUCCCAAAGUUUCCUGUGACGCCGCCGCCCGCCUCCGGCCGCAUCCCGCCCACAUUCCCACCCCAGCAGCCCUGGACACCGGCUAGAGAGGAGCGAGUUACAGGGACGAGGAGAGCUGAGCCACCAGGAGGGCCCCGCGAUCCCACCCAAGCUGGGGAGUGAGCCCGGAGGGCGGCGGCCGACGCUCCACGCCUCCCCUCGCCACGCCCGCAGCCCCCGGUCCGCGCGCGCCCACCGGGCCUGGUGCCCGAGUCCCACCCCUCCGGGGUCCAGGCCAAUCGGCCGCGCCCCGCCUCCUGGGAGGUGGUGGAAGAGGGGGUUGGGGGUCGGGAGGCAGUGCCCGCCUUCGGCGGGUGCCCAUUGGCUGAGACCUCGAGGGUGCCCGGAGACCGGAGUGCAGCUGGAUUGGCCGCGGAGGCUGGUGACAGCAGCGCUCAUUGGUUGUGGCGGCCCCCGUGACGCGGGGUGGCGACUGGCUCCCGUGUCUGAGGGGCUCCUGCUUGUCAGGUUCUAGCUCAUGUUUUCUGCCUAGACAUAUGACCAUUCCCGUGAGACUUCACUGCACGUUUUCUCAAGUGUCUUCCUCAUCCCUAAUGUGUAAUCCUUCAACAUGGACCUGCUACUUUAGCUAAGAUAUGACCAGCAACGAAUAGUAGUAAGAUAUGUGCUGAUUAGACGGCUCAAUUGUGCAGCGUGGAGGAUAAGACAGUGCUUUACAAAAAUGGGGUUUGGGAGUGACCUGAAGAAUUCACAUGAAGCUGUGUUAAAAUUGCAAGACUGGGAAUUACGGUUACUGGAAACAGUGAAGAAAUUUAUGGCCCUGAGAAUAAAAAGUGAUAAAGAAUAUGCAUCUACUUUACAGAACCUUUGUAAUCAAGUUGAUAAGGAAAGUACUAUCCAAAUGAAUUAUGUCAGCAAUGUAUCCAAGUCUUGGCUACUUAUGAUUCAGCAGACGGAACAACUUAGUAGGAUAAUGAAGACACAUGCAGAGGACCUAAAUUCUGGGCCCUUACACAGGCUCACCAUGAUGAUCAAAGACAAGCAGCAGGUGAAGAAGAGUUAUAUAGGUGUUCAUCAGCAGAUAGAGGCAGAGAUGAUCAAGGUCACAAAGACAGAAUUAGAGAAAUUAAAAACAAGCUAUAGACAAUUAAUAAAAGAAAUGAAUUCUGCCAAAGAGAAAUAUAAAGAAGCUGUAGCUAAAGGGAAAGAAACUGAAAAGGCUAAGGAACGUUACGACAAAGCCACAAUGAAACUUCAUAUGUUGCAUAAUCAGUAUGUAUUGGCAUUGAAAGGGGCGCAGCUUCAUCAGAAUCAGUAUUAUGACACUACACUUCCUCUGCUUCUGGAUUCCUUACAAAAGAUGCAAGAAGAAAUGAUAAAAGCACUGAAAGGUAUAUUUGAUGAAUACAGCCAGAUAACCAGUCUUGUUACAGAGGAAAUAGUGAAUGUCCAUAAAGAGAUUCAAAUGUCAGUUGAACAGAUAGACCCUGGCACAGAAUACAAUAAUUUCAUAGAUGUUCACAGAACGACGGCUGCUAAGGAGCAAGAAAUUGAGUUUGAUACUUCCUUACUAGAAGACAAUGAAAAUCUACAGGCAAAUGAGAUUAUGUGGAAUAAUUUAACAGCAGAAAGUUUGCAAGUAAUGUUGAAAACUUUAGCAGAGGAACUUAUACAGACACAGCAGAUGCUUUUAAAUAAGGAGGAAGCUGUCCUGGAGUUAGAGAAGAGGAUUGAGGAAUCUUCUAAGACCUAUGAAAAGAAGUCUGAUAUUGUACUUCUGCUAAGCCAAAAACAGACACUUGAAGAGCUAAAACAGUCAGUCCAGCAGCUGAGAUGCACUGAGGCAAAGUUUACAGCACAGAAAGAAUUGCUAGAGCAAAAAGUACAAGAAAAUGAUGGGAAAGAGCCACCUCCAGUAGUAAAUUAUGAAGAAGAUGCGCGAUCAGUUACAUCUAUGGAAAGGAAGGAGAGGCUGUCCAAAUUUGAGUCUAUUCGUCAUUCAAUUGCUGGAAUCAUUAGGUCUCCAAAGUCUGCACUGGGCUCUUCAACAUUCUGUGAUACGAUCCCCAUUAUUGAGAAGCCUCUGGCAGAACAGGAUUGGUACCAUGGUGCAAUUCCCAGAAUAGAAGCGCAAGAUCUGUUAAAACAACAAGGAGACUUCUUGGUCCGAGAGAGUCAUGGGAAACCUGGUGAAUAUGUCCUUUCUGUAUUUUCUGAUGGACAAAGGAGACACUUUAUCAUACAAUUUGUUGAUAACAUGUAUCGUUUUGAAGGCACUGGGUUUUCAAAUAUCCCUCAACUUAUAGACCAUCACUAUACAACAAAACAGGUCAUCACUAAGAAAUCAGGUGUAGUUCUGCUGAAUCCUAUUCCUAAGGAUAAGAAAUGGGUUCUCAAUCAUGAAGAUGUCACAUUGGGAGAAUUACUGGGCAAGGGAAAUUUUGGUGAAGUAUUUAAGGGCAUAUUAAAGGAUAAAACUGCUGUUGCUGUUAAAACGUGUAAAGAAGAUCUUCCUCAGGAACUGAAAAUAAAAUUUUUACAAGAAGCCAAAAUUCUCAAGCAAUAUGAUCAUCCCAAUAUUGUCAAACUUAUAGGAGUUUGCACACAAAGACAGCCUAUCUACAUAAUUAUGGAACUGGUUCCAGGAGGUGAUUUCCUCUCCUUUCUGAGAAAGAAGAAGGAUGAAAUAAAACUCAAACAAUUAGUGAAAUUUUCAUUAGAUGCUGCUUCUGGUAUGGCCUAUCUUGAGAGUAAAAACUGUAUACACAGGGAUCUUGCUGCAAGAAACUGUCUGGUAGGUGAAAAUAAUGUUCUGAAAAUCAGUGACUUUGGAAUGUCUCGUCAAGAGGAUGGUGGAGUGUAUUCAUCUUCUGGCUUAAAGCAGAUUCCCAUUAAAUGGACGGCACCAGAGGCUCUUAAUUAUGGGAGAUACAGCUCUGAGAGUGAUGUGUGGAGCUUUGGCAUCCUCCUCUGGGAGACCUUCAGCUUAGGGGUCUGCCCGUACCCUGGAAUGACAAAUCAACAAGCUCGGGAACAAGUGGAAAGAGGAUACCGAAUGUCAGCCCCUCAGCAUUGUCCAGAGGACAUUUUUAAAAUUAUGAUGAAGUGUUGGGAUUAUAAACCUGAAAACCGGCCCAAGUUCACUGAACUUCAGAAAGAGCUCACUGUCAUCAAGAAGAAAAUCACAUAGUGACAGAACAGUGCAAACUCAGCCUCCAGGACUUGGUCCUCCAGCAGAGUAAUAUUGUUCUUCUCAUUAACAAUGAGUUUAUACCACGUUAUGUGCAACAGUCUUCUAAGGUUAUUUUUUUUUAAUUAACUUUUUUAAAUAUGUGCCGUUAAAAAAAGUCAAAGGCGAAUGCAUUCAAGAAACAGGUCAGUCCUACCAAGGGCUUUCUCAGCUCACCACAGCAAUCCUGCCAUUUCAGCCCUUUGUAAAUAGAAAAGCACAGGCUCUAAAUGUGAGGGGGAACCAAUCCAUCUUUUUCACACCAGGACCAUCGAUGUUUCUCAGAGAUUUUUCACUUCAGACCCAGUUCACAGCUGCUGUCCCAUGCCACAGACCCUACUCGAUCGGUGCUAUCAGCUGCAUUGGUAAUGCCAUGUCUGCAGGACACAUUCCAACCAAAGUUGGCUUUCUGCUCUGCCAAGGCAAGAGUGUAUUUGUAAACAUCAUUUUAUAUUGAGCAUUAUUUAGACCUCCUAGGGGUUUUCUUUCCUUUCUCACCAGAAAUAAGCACAGUGUAAGAAUCCUCACAUUCCUGUCUUAUUGAUAAAGCUGUUGUUUCCCUCCCCUUUUGCCCAGGCAUCAGAAAAUGAUGCCUGGAAUGUCCUCAAAGAGCUCUUAAUUGAGGGCACAGCUUUUAAAGAAUGUUUCAGACAGCUGUGACGGCAAGAAGUAAGUUGGAACAGGAGGACGGUCUGGAGAAAGGGGCAGCUAAAGUCAUCAUCAAAGAGAAGGAAAGGAAAAUAGAAAAUCUGCCUUCUUACCAGAGUUAUGCCUUCAGACACACACAUACGCUUUAUUUUAUGGUCUGAUUCAUGAAAAAGGUUCUAAGAAAUGUUUUCAGGAGUUCACAGAUAGAGCCUUCUUGUCAACAAAAAAUUCUUUAGAGAAAUUCCAAAGCACGAGGCUACAGAAAUAACAGCAUAAUUUUAAGUACCUUCAUUUGAGAGGAGACAUCCCAGAAUUUAAUUCUGUUCAUUUGUGCCAGUUUCCAGAGCUGUCAGAAUUUCAUGAUUCUAGUUCAUAAACACAUCCAUGUGUGUACACACAUGGGCAUGCGCCCCCCACACAGACACACAGCCACACACACACACACAUAACACCAAGAAACCUGGCAGGUAUGAAUGGAGUAAAUUGGUUAAGAAGUCAAAUGAAUAUUAUUAAGGAAAAAGCUAUAGAGAUAGCCCUCCUUUGUCCACCUUCCCCCUUCAUGUACUCUUAUACUGCUACCUGAAAAUUCUUAUCAUUAGCUGACCCAUAUAUGAGCACAGUCUGGAGAUGCUUCAUAUGAAUAAAAUGGAACAGAGUUUAAACUAGGAUUGUCUUUAGCUGAAUCUUAGCUUCAUCCAGGGAACUUACCCCAUGGUCUGUAUAUAGUUGCCUCUCAGGAUAAAUAUGUGUGUAAGAGAUGGUCACGCUCAGGGGUAAAUGUGGCCUGGGAGCUUUUAAUAAGUGCUCAGGCCUGUGUCCAAAUAGCACAGUAGUGAUUAUUUGGUCUACAGUCAUUGGAAGAGCUUAUGGGAUAGAAAAUUCCUCCUGCCCCCUCCACCUGUUUGCUGCCUAGGAAUAUCACUGCACACAACUCACACCCAGUACUACUUUCAAGAGUAAACAGGAUAAUACUGAGGAGAAAACUGGCUUGUGUCUACCACUUCAAUCUCCUUGAAGUUUCAUACACAUUUAAUGAUUACCACAUCCAGACGAAAAUGAAAGCAUAAUAAACUUGCCCGCAAAAAUAUUGCAAUAUACAAAGUAACUCUUUUUUAAUCAGCAUUGUUUCCCUUCUGUCAAAUAUUAUGAGUAAAAGGAAACCUUCUUUUGAUGGCAUAUACUGUGGUAAAUCAAAGCACAGACUCAUGAAUUAAGAUUAAGAGCUCUGGUCUUCAGGCACUUGUCAGCCUUCAAAAGCAAGAAUAAAAUGGGGACAUUUCCACCCUUUGCCAGUAUUUCCAAGUGCAUCUCUCUGUAAUAUUCUUUGUUUAAAGAAAACAGCCUCUGUAAUAUUCUUUGUUUAAAGAAAACAGCCUCCCAUCACUUAGCAGCCGCACUGCUAAGCUCUCAGCAAAGAGAGAGAAUGAUGGUUUGGUCUUUAAUUUUGUGAACAAGACCUGAAGCUUAAUCAUUGCAUUCUGGUGUAAAGAACGAACAUGGCGUUGAUAUUUCACUCAUCCAGGCUGUUAGAAUUUGCAGUUCGCAUCAUAACUGUGUGCUUAAAGAAGCUUUUCAAAACAUCGUGACAUCUGCAGCAUUUAAAUUCUGUCUUAUUCUUUGUCCCAAAGCAGGCAGUGGUACAGUUCAGGAUUAAUAACUCAUCGGGAGUCUUUCAGGAUCAUAUCAGUUAUAUAGAAUAUUAAAUUUAAUAUAGGCACAUGCAUUAAGAAAAACUUAUGCAGACUGUUUUUUACUGUUAACUUUGUUGUGCUUGAAGCAUAAUUUAUUCGUCCCUUCUGUCACAGAUAAUUAUUGGAAUUAUGUACUUUAGGAGGCUAAUCCGUACCCAGAAAGCAUGCACACAAAUUCUCCUCUGAAUUUGCAAGUUGAUAUAGGGAAAGAAGGAUUCGGAAACACAUAAAAUCCUAUGACUUGUUUAGUAAGAAAACAGUAACCAAAAUUUUAGUAACUAAAAUUUUAGUAACCAAAAUUGCCACUGGUCUGAAUGUAAUUCAGCCAGGUCACAAAUCUUUGUGUUGUUAAAAGAUUUUUUCACGUGUUGCAUCUGUUACUCCUAUGUAGUUUCUGUCAUAAUUCCUUAAAUUUAUGAAUAUGGAGUCGUGGGGGGGGGCGGGUAAGCCCAGGCAGCCUGACUCUCACCUGCAUUUUUCUAUCUUGAAUCACCAAGGAGCCUUUAUGAGAAGUAUUUAAGUAGCUCAUCAUUUUUCAAGGAAAGAAAUCUUUUAUUGUCAAAUUAACAUUUAUUACCGACAUGUGAAACCUAAAAUUAUUUUGCACUCCAUAUAAUCUAAGGUUACUUCCCAAAGCCAACAUAUUCUUUCUCUUCUAGGAAAUAAUAAUAAAGGAUGAAUAGGUUUUGUUUAGACUUUCAAAACCAGAGGUUUCGUUUUAGUCCAUCCUGCCACUAGGUCCCCAGUGCAAGGUCUUAUGUAAUCAUUUCUCUCUUAUCUCCCAAAUUUAAUAUAGUCAAUAAAAUUCUUCAUCCAUAAUUCACCAUUUUAUCACAGAUACGAUAUUACUGAAACCUGUUACUAGCACACCAGUGUAGAACAUGAGUCUGAUUGCUUCAGCCAAUUUUCAGCACACAUUUCACAACUGUUUUUCAUUUGAGGGUUGUUUUAAAAGAAAAGAAAAUGUUUAGUCAUUGAAAUAGUCUUAAUUUCCUUUAAACCAUGGUAUGGUUUUCUUGUCUGUGUUAUACUCAUUGUUUCAGUUUUGCCAUAUAGUUUUAUAUAAAGUUUGGCUAAUACCACUAAAAUAACCGUGGCUUCACAAUACUGGUAUGACUUGUGUCAAGAAGAAAGUGUUUUAAUUAUAAUAUAUGCCACACACUGAGGAUCUUGUAGUGGGAUAAACAUAAAAAUGAGAACGCAAAAAUACAUGUCUAGGUCGUAUGUUACUGUCGUUCGGUUACCUCAGUCACACUACUUUCCAGUUCACUCAUCAGAUGUUCUAAAAAUGUACCUGAAAACCUUCCCUAGGAUACCCUAUGGACACUGUUCUGUGGCUGUGUGUCUUUUGACGUGAGAUCAGUUGAUAAUUUUCUGAAAAGAGGGUUUGUUUGUUUGUUUGCCUCAACCCUCUUUUUACAUAUACGUACCCCCCCGCCCAGCACACCAUUGGUAUUUUAGUUGUUUCUUAUCAACAGAAUUGAUUGUCCAUAAACACUAUUCUGAGUCAUGUAAAGACUGACUUUUGUAUUUAGGAGGUCAGAGCCCUCACACAAAACAGAAUAAUGCAAAAUACAAAGAACAAAAAGGGACAGACAAUUGAAAAAGACAUGGUUUCUUUAUGUAUUAAUAUGUUAAUUAAAACAAAGAUUUUAUAUGAAAAUGAGUUUAUAUUACAGUUCCAUUACACUAUUAAGUUAGCAUGAAAGUUUACCAUUAAAAUAAAGUGUUACCUCUUUUAUUACUAACUCUGAUUUGCUUAUACGUACCAGAAAUUUUUUAUUAAAUAUUUUAGUUUUAUUUAGUUUUCUCUGUUUUGAUUAGUUUCAUAUCAAGUCUGAGUAAUAUAUUAUUUGGGAAGAUCCAGAACUACAUAUUAAUUUCUGCCAAGAAAAUAUUCUAAUUAAGUCAAUAUUUCAUGUACCAAGAUGACCUACUUGAAGGAGAUACUGCUACAGUUGUAGAGUCCCAUAAAAUUCUCCUUUAAAAAAUAAUGCUAUAAUACAGAAGGUGUAAAACUAUAUAUCUUAGUCAUAAUUCAAUUUAAGGAAAUAUUUGUAACCCCUUGAAGGCCAUUCUACUGCCUCAUACUGAUUCAAAGAUUAAAUUCUGAAUUGUUAAGUGUAGACAUUAAAGACUGCCUAAUAAAGACUGAGAUUCUUAGGUGGUAGAAAAAUCCUACUGAACUAAAUUCCUAGUCACUUUAAACUGGGGAGAUAUAAUGAGCAUAGGCUUCAGCACAUCUGUUAAUAAGGCACCGAGGCAAACGUCUACCAAGGCAAAAGAGGAGAGCACCAGUUAUUCUAAGGCAGGAUGAUGCAGCCCCUACAGAGAGUGUAGGAUAAUUAAAGUGGAACGAAGACUUGGACAACGUCACUAGGAGACCUGAGGAGAACAGUGCCACCAGGCCAGACCCUUUCCUACAGAAAAUGUAAAAGGUAUUGGAGUCAAAAGAAGCAAAAGAUGUCACCUGCCAGUGUGUGGGCCUUCCUGUGAGCAAACCAAACACCUCUCCCUUGCAUGUGUAGCAGUCUCUUAUCCCCAGCUCAGAGGCGAUGCUGUGCUGGGCGACACAUGCUCAUCGUCCUCCCAACUAAUGGCUUUGGCCAUAUAUGCUUAGACUUUUAACAGAGACUUCUCUAAGUCUCUUUGUAUUUGAGUUAGUGAUACUAUUUCUUAAACUAAAUCACUGAUUAUUCACACCUCAUUAGAAAUCUGGUUGCAAUGGGGCUGGUCUCCUAAGUGAGAGCCCGCUGAGAUCAGCCAUUUCACCUUUUGACUGAUGUUGACUAACUGGCUCCUAGAGGUACCCCAGAGCGACCUUCCUCUGAUGAGCUCAGCUCUGGGGAAACAUGGAAUCCAGCAGGGAAGAAGGGGAAUACCAAUUAAAUAGCAAUGCUCCUUGUCUUUAUACUAAUGACAUGUGAGGGAAAGAGAUCAUAGAAGCAUCCUAAAGCCAGUCACAGUGCAGCAUGGCUAAGGUCAGACAUGGAAGGCAGAGAAAGAGACAUCCACAAAGGAAGACUGAAGGACAGGAAGGGCAAAAACAAAGUACCGAUGCAAAGUGACUCAAGGGCUCACCUUCCAACAAAUAAAUGCGGUAUCAAUGAGGGAAAGCGAAUCCUCAAAAGGGAAUUUUGAGGUGCUUCCCGCUGCAUGGUAUUAAACGUUACGUACCUCUCAAGUUUCUACAACACUUCUUAAAGGGCAUUGAGUGGGGUAUCGAUUUGAUUUUCUUUAUGCUCCCUAUAAUCUCAAGAGGAAGCCACUGUUGAAUGAGAAUUACUCUUGCUUGGUUUUUCUGGAAGGCUGCAGGUAUGACAGUGGUUCAGCCCCCUUCCUAAGCAGUAAGGAACUGAGGGUGGCACACAUAUGUCUGGGGCAGCCAGCAUUGGAGGAAAACUGCUGUGAAAUUUCCUUCUUAUUUUAUGAAAGAAAAGAUACCUUGCGGGCAUCUCUGCCUGCAACAUAAAGACAGAUUGAGCUUCCCUCCUUGCCAGCAAACUUGCAAGGGCUCCCAAAGAAGAAUAUUUAGAAUUCACUCUAAAAAGAUUCAAAUCUUGAAUUUCUAAAUUAUCUUCCCAAACAUUACCACUGAAGUCAGAAGAGGUGAGUGUUCUACAAAGUAAUAAAAUGUUCUAAGUGAUGGUAAUGACCCUGGUAGCAGGAUUUUGUCAUGUUUGCCCUCAGCUCUAUUCAUUCGGAAGCUUUUUCUCGAUAUCUGCCAUGUCAGGUUCAGGGAACCCUACUGGGUGCUAGUUUUUCUGGAUUUUUUUUUUUUUUUUUUUUGGUAUUUCUUUUUCUCAUCUUGUUUCUUAAUCUUUACCAAAACAGAAAAGCCUUUUCUCAUCAGCUUUUAUCAGACAGCGUCUUAACUGGCCUAGACCAAACGGUUUCUCCUCACGUGCUCAGGAGGCCCUUGCCUUAUAGAGAGCUCCCAGGCAUCCAUUUACCAGGCCAGCUGCAUACCCUCUGUGUGAGAGGCCCCGUGGCUUAGAACACAAAGAGGCCUCGUUGUAGUCUUUGUGGUGGGGAUAGGACGACUAGGUGGCAGAUGUGUUUGAUGAGUUAUACUAUCAAUAGAGGUUCUUGGGAGAUUUUGCCAGGAUGGAAAGAUCAUUGUGAGCAGAUGUGCCCAGGGAAGCAGCCUGUUGACUUGGCCGAGUAAGCUCACUAGGUGACCUGCCUCCAAAGAAAUGUUAAAACACUAACAAUGAUUAUUUUAAAACCCCGGACAUUUUCAAUUUUUCCAUUCCACUCUUCUCUGCCAGUAUUUUUUAUUGUUUCCUUCACACUCCUCUUUGUCAGUAAAUGUCUAAAAGUAUUUCAGUUGCACAAUGUCAAAGAGUUUUUCCACAGCUUCAGAAAAGAGGGUAGCAAAUACAAAGACUCAAGUUUAAAAUAAGGCAAUCUACCUAGAGACACAGACCCCAAAGCACUACUGUGCUGAAACACAAACUCUACAGUUUCCCCCAGAGCGGUACCCUUCCUACAAAGCCAAACAUCACUCUUUCUCCUGUCUGUUAAGAACAUCUUUAGUAUCAGAAUAAGCACCUUCUAGAUGCUAUCCAAAGCAGAUUCUAAAAUGACAUACGAAGAAGCCAGAUUUCAACCAUUAAAGCAACAACAGAAACACUACUUUCAUCCCUUUGUACUCAGUUAAAACAUCCAUGCAAAACCUAUCAAUAGGGCUUCCCUGGUGGCGCAGUGGUCGAGAGUACGCCUGCCGAUGCAGGGGACAGGGGUUCGUGUCCGGGACGAUCCCACAUGCCGCGGCGCAGCUGGGCCCGUGAGCCAUGGCCGCUGAGCCUGUGCGUCCAGAGCCUGUGCUCCGCAACGGGAGAGACCACAACAGUGAGAGGCCAGCAUACCGCAAAAACAAACAAACAAACAAACAAACAAAAAACCUAUCAAUAGAACCAUCCAGGCAGUUCAUCUAAUGAGGAGCUAGUACCUUAUUUUGAAAGCAUAGGAUGGAUGUCAAUGGGAAAUAGCAAUGUUUUGAGCAACACAGGGUAAGUAUAAGAAGGCCAAUAAAAAAAAAAUCCCAAUUCCCACAUUGAAGCAGCAAAAAUCUGAGAAUGAAAAAUGGAGUUGUAUAUGAGUCCAAACUUAAUGUUUUCUUCAUGCAGCUCUUGUCAAAUUGUACAACCUUGGGGGUCCUCUUUUGAGUUGCCUGAAAAAUCCUUAUGAAGCAAAAAACUAAAUCCACCCCCCAACCCCCAAUGGGAGCUUGAAUUUCUAAGUGCCCUGGAUUCAGAAACUUAGCGUCUGAGAGGGAAUCUGUAAUGUUAUUACCGAGAUCCCAGGCAAAAGGCCCAUCUUGGCAGUCUUUGCAAGCUUGCUAAUCCAUGCUUUUGUUAAUUUUUAACCAUGGAAGAUGGCAGAGUGGUGGGGGUGAGGAAAACACCCUAUUAGCUAGAAAUUUUUUACAAAUAAUUUUACUUGGUAGAAAUAAACUUGCCUCCUUGCUCUUAAGAAGUACCAGACUGUUGUAAGCAAAUGCAGAGGGCAUGGUGCCCAGAGCCAUGCUUAAUAUGACCGUGAAGUUUUCUCCUAACCCAAAGCAUAACGGUUCUUAUAUUUAGAUGAUAGGAUGCUAGGGAGGCCCAUCCCCUGCCGGUCUAAUUGCUUUGCUUCAGCUGCAAGUGGAAGACCAAUUCCAACAGAAAUGAACUUAUUUGCCAUAAUUCCUCCUCAGAUGCUAGGCCUUUCACACUUGGAAUGCACGGAAAAUAUACAUGUUUUAAUGGAAUUCACUAUUUUUGGCCUUAGGGUCAAAGAGAUUGGUUCCACAAGGUUCAUCUGAUUCCCCAUAACAAGUAUAUGUUAUAACCCUAUGAUUCUAAAUCCAAUCCCAGCUAUAGGUUCUGAGCAUCAAGUCAAAAUCAAAGAUAAAGGGGAACUGGUAGAGAGGGGUUUUGUUUGUUUCAGACUCAUGACCAAAGUGGCCAAAAAUGUGAAACUCCCUUUCACUUGACGAACAUUUCACCAUAUGAAAUGCCAGUCACCCCACAGCAUCCUGUGACAUAAUUAGACUCUCAACAUGGACCAGUGGCCAGGAGCACACUUUUCAUGGGCCACUUCUGUUUAUCAUUUUCCUUCAUAAAUCAUUGAGAUUUCUCACUAAGACAGCUUUAUUAGAGGUGUAUAGGUUUUAUGUUUAAUUUAUGUUAAAUACAUUAAAUCACAUGGCCUACUUAAGCAACAUAUGAGUAUAGCAGGGGUUGGUGGCAGUAUGAGUUCUGCUGACUUUAUGUUAUGGUUUCUUUGUGUUUCUCUUGGUAUGGUCUGGUGAGUGCCCUAAAAGAUUAGAACUCUCUGAAGUCGUAGCCAUACAACCACAUAGGGUUAGGAAAAGCCAGAUAAAUGCAGGAGAAUAAAAUCAAGUUGUCAAAGUCCCGGGAACAGCCCUGACUUUUUCAGGAACGCAAGCAAACGGAAAGCAAAGACAAAAUGUACAAAUGGCGCCCAAGCCAUUUGACGGUGGGCAGCCCACUGGCCUAAGGCACUGCAUGCUCCUGGCACAGACCCACAGUGAGUGGUUGCAGAAAUGUGACUUUCUGGGUUGCUUCCACUUCCCUUUAUUAGAAGAUGAGUGUCAGAUGAUGGGGUGGGAAUGGGGUGUGCCCUCAGCCCGCCAUGGUCCAGAUGUUCCAUCUGCAAGCCUGUUGAGCAAAGCACUCCUGUGGUUUACAGUUUCCUUUUAGUGCCAAUAUUGUCAGGUUAAAGCACCUUUAAUCUUCUUUUGUUGUUAUUUUAAAAUAAUAUAUUUGUUAAGUGGAUUAAAGAAACACUGGAAAUAGGGUGCUUCUUAUAAAAAGCUAAAGUGUAAAACACAGAAGCAAGUCCUUUGGUGAGUUUAUCUGGCUUUGUAAACAAGUCUGAAAAUGAAUGAGAGAGAAAUAUCUAAGCAGUUAGUUGUCUGUCUUUUACCAUUUUUAACUCGGAUCUGUAUUUAACACUUAUUUAUUUGUUAGUUUUACAUUCAGAAGAAAUACACUUUGAACUUCAGCUAACAUUGUAGGAUGUUUUUAAAUUGUUUUCUACUUUUUUAAAACAUGAUUUCAUCAUUUUUGUAAACUUAGAUCAUUUUUGAAUAGCCCUUUUUUCUUUCCCAAUAGACCAAUUAACAUGCAUAGGUCUGUGGAACUUUUUUUUUAACUGUAUUCUUAUAAUAAAUGUAAAUAUUUGUAGCAAA